AUGGUCAAAGAAGCUCUCCAGUUUCUUUCUCGACUGAGAAAGUCCUCGACUUUGCCAGACCCAAUUACCUGCAACAAGCACAUUCAUCAGCUCAUCAAUUCGAAUUGCGGCGUCCUCUCUCUCAAAUUCUUAGCUUACUUAGUCUCCAGAGGCUACACACCUCAUCGUUCUUCAUUCAAUUCGAUCGUAUCAUUUCUUUGCAAAUCAGGGCAGGUCAAAUUCGGUGAAGAUAUAGUUCACUCGAUGCCUAGAUUCGGUUGUUCACCAGAUGUUAUAUCUUACAACUCUCUGAUUGAUGGACAUUGUAGAAACGGCGAUAUCAGAAGCGCUAGUUUGGUGCUGAAUAGGUUAAGAGCCUCUAAAAGGUUUAUGUGCAGGCCUGAUGUAGUUAGUUUCAACUCCUUGUUUAAUGGGUUUAGCAAGAUGAGGUUGCUGAAGGAGGUUUUUGUGUUUAUGAGUGUUAUGCUGAAAUGUUGCUCGCCGAACGUUGUUACUUACAGUAUCUGGAUCGACACGUUCUGCAAAUCCGGGGAAUUGCAAAUGGCGCUGAAAGGUUUUCACUCUAUGAAGAGAGAUGGUUUGGCUCCAAAUGUGGUUACUUUCACUUGUUUGAUUGAUGGGUGUUGUAAAGGUGGCGACUUGGAGGUUGCGGUUUCGUUAUACGAAAAGAUGAGAUGCGCUGGGAUGUCUUUGAAUGUUGUUGCUUAUACUGCGUUGAUUGAUGGUUUCUGCAAGGAAGGGGAAAUGGAGAGAGCUGAGAGAUUGUAUUUGAGAAUGUAUGAGGAUGGAGUCGAGCCGAAUUCUCUUGUGUACACUACGAUGAUCGAUGGUUAUUUCAAGAGAGGAGAUUCUGAUAAUGCAAUGAAGUUUCUAGCUAAAAUGCUUAACCAAGGGAUGAGACUUGAUAUAGCUGCUUACGGAGUAAUCAUAUCAGGCCUUUGCGGUAAUGGUAAAGUAAAAGAGGCAGAAGAGAUUGUAGAAGGUAUGGAGAGAGGUGGUUUGGUUCUUGAUGAGAUGGUUUUGACUACAAUGAUGAAUGCGUAUUUCAAAUCCGGGCGUGUGAAGGAUGCGGUUAACAUGUACCGGGGAUUCACAGAGAGAGGGUUUGAGCCAGAUGUUGUAGCGAUUUCGACUUUGAUCGACGGGCUUGCGAAGAACGGGAAGCUACAUGAAGCUGUAGCUUGUUUCUGUGAAGAGAAAGCUAAUGGUGUUAUGUACACUGUGCUCAUUGAUGCUCUGUGCAAAGAAGGAGAGUUUGUAGAAGUUGAGAGACUAUUUGGAAAAGUUUCAGAGGCUGGACUUGUUAAGGAUAAGUUCAUGUACACUUGUUGGAUAGCUGGUUUGUGCAAGCAAGGAGAUUUGGUGGAUGCGUUUAAGUUGAAGACCAGAAUGGUUCAAGAAGGUCUCGAGCUGGACUUGUUAACGUACACGACACUGGUUUACGGGUUAGCUAGCAAAGGUUUGAUGGUUGAGGCAAGGCAAGUUUUCGACGAGAUGCUGAGAAGCGGGAUAAGUCCUGAUUCGGCUGUUUUCGAUCUCUUGAUUAGAGCUUAUCGAAAGGAUGGAGACAUGGCUGCUGCUUCGGAUUUGCUUCUCGAUAUGCAUACAAGAGGGCUCGUAAGGGAUGCAGAUUGCAGCAAACAAUGUGACAACGAAGUGGGCUGUACUUAA